AAUCUUCAAGAAACAUCAAGACGGCAGUUUGUUCUAGUUUAUUCUUUCGACGAUUGUCUGCACUUGUCCAGUGUCGUUACAGUGCUAUCUCGGUGCACCUCUGGAAUAAAGUCGAUUCGCCGAAUAAAAAAAUUAAAUAAAUGGAUACCAAGACGAAAUUGCGGGAAUUGGCUGUGGAGCUGUACGACGUCGGAGCGAUCGAGUACGGGGACUUUGUCACAAAAGUGGGACUGAAAACUCCGAUUUACAUCGAUUUACGAGUCAUAAUAUCCUACCCAAAAUUAUUGGUCCAGAUAUCGAAAAUGCUCUGGUCCCUCAUGGACGAUCAGAGCCAAUACAGCCACAUCUGCGGAGUCCCCUAUACGGCUCUGCCCAUCGCGACGGUCAUCUCCGCCGAGACAAACGUCCCGAUGAUAAUCCGCCGAAAGGAGGCCAAGUCCUACGGCACAAAAAAACUGAUCGAAGGUGUCUUCGUUCCCGGCGAUACCACAGUCAUCGUCGAGGACAUCAUCACCAGCGGUUCCAGUGUCCUCGAGACCGCCCAAGAUCUGAUCAGGGAGGGUCUCAGGGUUGGAACAGCUCUGGUGAUCGUCGACAGGGAACAAGGCGGCAAGAAGAACCUCGAGAGCGCGGGUAUCAAGGUCAAGAGUCUCUUCAAGAUUACCGAGCUGAUGCAAGCUCUGAUGGAGGCGGAGAGACUGACACCGGGAAGCGUUAGUGUAGUCACGGACUACAUCAGGAAGGUGGAGGCGCCGAUAAAAGACCGAUAAAAUCGGCGAGUAAACAUCUUCGAACGUGUAAAAAGCAGCUUUGUUUCUUCAUUUACACAAUUACAUUUUUCAAUGCAGUCUCCGAUCCACGUCUGAGCCAGGACUUUGCAACACGAGCCAAGUCAGCCAAGAACCAGGUGGCCUCGAAGCUGUUGAAACUCAUGGCCUCGAAGAAGACGACCAUCUGCCUGGCCGCGGACUUCACCAGGACCUAGCCGGUCCCCACAUCGCUGUCCUCAAGAUCCACGUGGACAUCGUCGAGGACUUUAGCAGAGACUUCAUCGCGAAACUCAAGUCCCUGUCCACGAAGCACAGCUUCCUGCUGAUGGAGGACAGGGCUUGUACAGGAUCGCCGAGUGGACGGACCUGAUCACGGUGCACGCGGUUACUGGUAAAGGCAUCCUCGACGGCAUCAGAACCGGCUGGGACAGGCUUACCGAUCAAAGAGGCCUCUUCAUCGUCGCGGAGAUGUCGUCGACUGGUGCAUUGACAACCGGUGAUUACAGCAACGCAGCUACAGCUAUGGCGAAGGACGACGCCUCGGUGGCUGGGUUCGUGUGCCAGAAGAACGUCUUCAGCGAUCCUGGACUGGUACAGCUGACACCCGGAGGAGUCAAGCUGGUCAGGUCUGAAGAUGAUUUCGGACAGCAGUACAACACGCCCGAAGAUGUGGUCAAAUCCGGAGCUGAUUUGGUAGUCGUGGGCAGAGGAAUCACCGAGGCUGAGGACAAACUGCAGGCAGUUUUGCAGUACAAGAAAGUGCUUUUCGAGGCUUACGAGAAGAGGCUCCGCAGCAACUGAAGUUGAAGUGACGCGGAUUUGGAUUUUUCUAAAAGACUGCUGUGAUCGAAUACCUUUGAUUUUAGUUAAAUAUUAAGUUAUUAGAUUAAGUUUCAAUUUAUCGGAAGAUAUUGUAGAAUGGAAAUUGCAGUGUUUUUGUAUUCAAUAUAAAAGAAGAUCGCGCUUGUAUUAAAACUCACGAGACCAGAGCAACUUGUCGCGAUACCACAAAGGAAUAUGAAUAUCAGCGUUAUAAACAAAUUACGCAACAUAAGCGUCUCCGAGUAUAACCCAAGCAAAAAAAGUUAUCAUAUUCUGUCGCCUAAAAAGCUUCCGACAUAGGUAUACUCGCAUGCGCCAACGUCUUCACGAGCGAGCAAAGUGUCAACUUAUCAGGCCUAUACCGCGUAUGUAUAUAUACGUUAUAGACAGUGUUUUCCCACGGCGCGAUAAAAAGGGAAUUUCAACACCCCGAGCGCGUCAAAUCGCACGAGUUCGUUCCACUUUCGAAUGGACCACCAAGGGAGUUCGAUCGCAAGAACUGCGCUUUUUCUCGGCUCUCUCAGUGCGGCAAUAGCUGCCGGAAGAUAGACUUGGUAAUUUAAAAUCAGCUGCGAGGUUAGAUUUUCUACGCGUUCGAAUCGCCGGCUUUUUGAAUUUUCGAGCUUUUCUCGCGGUGACAGCGCGCUGACAAGUGGACGGGCUGAGAACAAAUUUGAGCGACUUGUAAUAAUUUUUUUUCUUGUAAAAAAUGUCGGUGUUUAAAAUUCUGAGGCCACUUGCCAGUCAGUGGGCCUCCAGAGGACUGCAUACAACUAAUAGAGUCUGCGAUGCUGCAAUCAUCGAUGGAAACGGUGUAGCAGAUCAAGUACUGGAGGAAGUCAAGGCCGAGGUGGAUGAGAUGACUAGAAAUGGUGAGAAAAGGCCAAAAUUGAUUGCUAUAUUGGUGGGGAACAAUCCUGCCAGUAAAGCUUAUGUUGGCAGGAAGGUAAAAGCUGCCAAGACUGUUGGAAUUGAGAGUGAAACUUUGAGAUUCGAGGACAGCAUAACCCAGGAAGAGCUUCUGCACGAGGUACAAAAGUUGAACGAUGAUCCCACGGUUGAUGGCCUUCUGGUACAGCUACCAGUACCGGAGCAUAUUAGUGAAAGAGAAGUUUGUCAAGCGGUCACACCCACCAAAGAUGUGGAUGGUUUCCACUUGUCUAACAUUGGUAAUCUGGCACUGAACAAUAAGGGAAUCAUACCUGCAACUGCAUUGGGAGUCAAAGAACUGAUUGUCAGAUCAAAAAUACCUACUUUUGGUAAAAAUGCCGUGGUUAUUGGCAGGUCAAAACAUGUUGGUUUUCCAAUUGCUCUGUUACUACACUCUGAUGGAAAUGGUGAAACAGCUGGUCUUGACAUGACAACCACCAUCUGCCAUCGCUACACACCACGUGUUGAACUUGAAAGAUACACAAAACUUGCAGAUAUAGUAGUGGCAUCUGCGGGAGUCCCUGGCUUGGUUACCAAAGAGAUGAUAAAGCCAGGAGCUUGCGUCAUUGAUGUUGGAAUUUCGAGAAUUAAGACUUCUGAGGGUAAAUACAGAUUAGUGGGUGACGUUAACUAUGAAAGUGUUAAAACUGUGGCAGGACACAUAACACCAGUGCCUGGUGGCGUAGGGCCUAUGACUGUGGCAAUGCUAAUGAAGAAUACCCUCUUUGCUAUCCGAUUGAGAAAGAGCUUGGAAAAUAAAUAGUAUUGACAUCUCAAGUAUUUCUCAAAAAAGCUUAUUUUUGUAUUUAUAUAGCUAUACUAAAACCACAAACAUAUGUACAGAUUAAAAAAAGUUGCGCAAAAAAUAAAAAAAGUUUUCUAGAAUA